UUUCAACCCCUCUCAAAGACUAGAAUAAGGGUCAGAAUAUACUGACGAUAUUUCAGAUAUUAUUGAAAAAUACCAGUACGUACUAGGUAGAAUACCUUGUUAGUCGCGCCCUAUCUAGCACAUCCCACCUGCAUCACCUACCUAUUUCUAUCCUGUGGAUGACGAUGCUUUUGAUCCUACAGCACGUGAGGUCCUCUUUUCACAAACCACCUCCCCGGCAUCUGACAAAUAGGAAUAAUUACCGUACUAGCCUAUCAGGAGAAAUCCUUGUCUCUACGCCCUUUCAACGUACAUACCCUGUAUUGUGUAAGUUCAAGGGAUGGUAUGUAAAAACAAAAUUUGAGCAAAAUAAAUAGGAGUUCCUUCGUGGCAGUUUCUCCUUAACCUUUUCUACCUAGGUAUGUUCAGGCACUCAUCAUAAAUCAUGGAUUCUCUUCAGCACAAAACACUCAAAACCUCUCGAGGCUUCACAUAUUCUUAUUACGUUUCAAAUCCUACCAAUUCUAAACAAACCCUGCUUUUACAGCAUGGCUUCCCCGACGAUGCUCAUCUAUGGGACGGAAUCGUACGGAAACUGACGGAGUAUCGUCUUGUUGUGCCGGACCUCCUCGGCUACUCCGGCACAUCCAAACCCACCGACGCAGCCCCGUACAUAUACUCGGGAAUAGUUCAAGAUGUGGUGGAUAUCCUUGACGCUGAAGGAAUUGGCAAGGUCAUAUCCGUAGGGCAUGAUUUUGGUUCUUUGGUUGCUCAGAGGCUUUAUAACCACCACCCGGAGAGAGUUGAGGGUCUGAUCCUGCUCAAUGUCGGCUAUGCCUUGCCGCGCGACUCUCUGCCUAAUUUGCAGGAAAUAAACGAUUACCUUACCAAGGUUCUAGGGUACCCUAUCAUAGCGUACCAGGAAUUCUUCGUCACUGACGAGGCUCCUGUACUCAUGAAAGCUCACGUGGAUCGCUUCUACCAAGCCAUCCAUGGCGCCCCAGUGGACUGGACGAAAGAAUUGUGGUGUGCGAGAGGGAAAUUGCGCGAUUGGCUGCUGAAUGAUAAGAGUGAGGUCGAGCUGAUCGACUACGCCCAAGACUCCAAGUUCCGACAGGCUUUUCUAGACCGAUUUCAGCGCGAUGGAUUUGAGGGUCCUCUCUGUUAUUACAAGGCUUCCAACUCUAGCGUCCACUACGAGGAUGAUAAAUUAAUCGGACAGAGUAGCCUACUAGUGAAAGUCCCGGUCUUGUUUAUUGCGUGUACACGGGAUCCUGUAUGCCGGCCGGAGAUCAUGCAACCAGCGAAGGAAAAGGGGCUGCUACCUGACUUGGAGGAAGCUGCUGUCGAUAGCCGCCACUGGUCUCCAUAUGAAAAACCAGAUGAGAUUGCUGCGUUGAUAGUACCUUUUCUCGAGAGGAGAUUUACAUCCAAAUGAGAGCUUGCGCGGCUGGAUGAGAAUAGCGAAGCCACUAAUUCACCCCCUAUUUUAUUUACAAAGUGUUCUCGAUAAGAAAUUUAGCGCUCUUGUUGCACCACCAUUUCAAUUAUCUGAUUUAACCAUAUCUGCUAGUCCACCUGCCCCUAAUCAAGACUUGUAGGAUAUGAGAUAAAGACAAGUCGUGCAUGCUUAGG